GCCCCCAGCCGCGGCGGCCCCUGCAUGGACGGCGGGGCGCCUCCGCUGUGGGCGACGCUGCUCACGGCGUGGGGGGCGACCUGGAGCGCCUGCUGGAGCUGGGGCUGGGGCGGAGUCACCACCCAGGCGGCGCACGCGCCGUUCGCGUCCUCCGGCCACUGCCAGGAGGACUCUGAGCGCUGCUCCUGCGACUGGGAGCUGCGCAAGAUCAUCGACCUCCAGCAAGAGGUCGGACUCCUCCAGUCGGAGGUGUGGGCGCUGCGGUGCCUGCUGCUGGCCGGGCUUCUACUGCUCGGCGCUGUAGCCUCGGGUGCUGGCACGCUGGGCUUCCUGGUGGGGGCCUGCCGGCGCUGCCGCUGCGGCGGGCGCGAGCGCGCUCCGGGCCGGGCGGCCGAGCCCGGCGCCCAACCGGCCGCGGCCUCGAGGGGCCCUCGACGCCGAGCCGCCGGCAGCAGUAGCCCGAUGGCAGACGUGCUGACGCUGGACAUCGGCGACCCGCAGAUCCUGGUCCACUACCCGGACGACGAGAACGGCUUCUGCUGGCAUCACAGAGUCUUGCUCUUCAGAGUGUCGGACGAUAUCUGGAUCAGUUUGACCCCUGAUCUCGCCCUGGUGCGCUUGAAGCUCCUGGACAUCCGGCACGAGGUGCUGGAGAGGCGAGCCCCGUUCCCUGCCCACCUGGGCAACCAGGUCUACGCCCACGACCCCAUCGCCGCCGCCGCCCUGGCGGGCUUCCGCCGCCGUGCGAAGAUCCAGGGGCAGCUGCUGGGUGUGGGCCAGGUGGACGUGGUCGAGAGGAUGAUCUGGGUGGUGGCCGAGCCCCGGUCGGCGAGGUUCGGCGAGGUGAUCGACUCGGCCAUCAUGGACGACGACGCCCGCGGCACGGGCUUCGACACGAAGGGCGUGGCGGUCGUGGACGGGGAGGAGAUUUUCGUGCAGAAGAUCGCGGCUAGCAAGCUCGACGACUUCAAGAAGGAGACCAAGGCGGACCUCGGAGACGUGCGCACGCUCGGGGACCACCUCGACGAUGCUGGGCAACGCAGCCUAAGGCUCUCGGAGGCGGUCGCGCUGAUGAGAGACACGGACCAGCCGAACUUCCCGCUCGCCGGCGUGAGGAGCGUGAAGGAGUUCCUCGAGUCGGUGGCCUCCGGGCCUGGCAACAUGACGUCGUACCAGGUGAUUCGGCUCAUGCACUCCUGGGACCAGGUCGACGCCUCUAUGAUGGCCUCUGCGGAGCUGAUCGUGCGCUGGCUGGUUCAGACGGAGAUAGCGGUAGAGCGCAACCCGCGCCACCCUGACUACAGCGGGCUGGACAUAGUGAUCUCGGCCCCGGUGAACGCAGCGGGCCGCGCGACGACGAACAAGUUCAACUCCUGGGUCACUGACAAGCUCAAGGAGAGGGCGCAGAUCUGGAAGCAGGAGCGCCUGUACCGCGAGGAGCAGAAGACGAACCUGAAGGAGGGCAAGGGCGGCGAUGGCUACGAUCCGUCCAAGAAGAAGCCGAAGAAGAGAGGGGUUUUUGACACGGUUCGGGCCCUGAACCAGCUAGCCGCCGCCAACGUGAAUUCACGUCGCGCCCAGGGGCACGACCGCGCACCAGAAGGGCACCUCCAGCCGACCGCCGUGCAGCAGUGGGCGAUCCAGAACGUUGCCCGGCGUGUGCAGGCGCAUGGGGAUUGCCCCGCUGACCUCACAGAGGAGUCAUCGUUGCACGAGAUCCUCGACUCGAGAGACCACUACGGGAUGGAGCCCAAGAACCUGGCCAGCUUCGACUUCGACAAGGUCAAGAUCCUGCACAGGAAGGUCCACGUUCGGCCGAUACGCCGGGAGUUGCCCGCGUCGGCCGCUGGUUACCUUCGGCGCGCUUCCGACUUGAUCGAGAUGGGCGAAGCGGAGCUUGAGAGAGAUCGUGCCGAGGGAGUGGGUGUCACGCCAUACUGGGACCCUCACCUCCGGCGCUCGCGAGACCUUCGGAAGCGACUGUACCAGCGCCUGGACCAGCAGGGCCUGCUGACUUGGCGCCGGCGGCUGAAGGGGCAUGCGGGCAUCUUCGUGGUCAAGAAAAAGGAUGGGCUCCAGAGGUUGAUCAUCGACGCCCGAGCGGCCAACCGGGCGCAUCGGCCACCUCCCACUACUCGGCUAGGCUCCUCGCGAUGCAUGGCCGACCUCGACCUCUCCGACCCCCGCCUGAAGGCAUCGGGCUUCGGGGGCCUCGGCUCCGGGGCCUUCAGCCCAGCUGGCCGCGAAGGAGACGUCGGGGACUGUUUCUACAACUUCACCAUCCCCGAGCUGGCGAGCUGGUUCGGCUUCACAGACCAGUUCGACACCAACGAGCUGACGGAGAUGGGCUGCCUGCCGGACUCGAUCUGGGACGACGCCGAGGGGGCCGAGACCAAGGUCGUGGACGGCGAGCAGCUCUACCCUUGCAUGUGCGCGGUUUGCAUGGGCUGGUCUUGGGCGCUCUACUUCGCCAACGAGGCCGUGACCUACCGCGUCCAGCGGGCGCUGCCCGACGGGGCCGAGAAGGUGAUGAGGGAGAUGCAGCCUGCCCCGACCAUCGAGCCCGGCAAGUGCGUUGCCGGAGUGUACGUUGACAACGUGCAGGUGAUCGGAGGCUGCGAGGCUGACGCCAACACUCAGAUGCAUGAAAUCGAGAAUCUUUUUCGAGAGGACCGCAUACCUUUCGACGUGGAACCGGGGGACAGUUUGGAGAUGCAGUCCCUCGGCCUGGUGUGCCACUGGCAGGAGCGUCGCCUGAGGCAUGUGGCUCGGCGCGUCUGGCGGACCUACGUGGCCGGACACGCCCUUUUGAGACGCCGCAAGCUCCACGGGCACGCGCUCCAGUGCUGGCCGGGGCACGUCGCGAACUUGAACCAGCUCUGCCCCGAGGCGAUGUCCGCGCUGAACGCCUGCUACCGUUUCAUCGAGGAGUCGCUGGAGUCGCCCAAGCGGGUCUGGCCCUCCGUGAAGUCCGAGAUCCGCUGCUCGAUGAACUUGCUCUUCCUGAUGGAGGCGGACCUGGGCGCGACCUACUCGGACCAGGUGUACUGCGGGGGCUCGUCCGGCCGCGGCUACGCACUCCACGUGACGAACGCCGAGCCGAUCGAGCUCCGAGAAGCCUGGAGGUGGAGAGAACGCUGGCGGUACCGCGACGUCCCAACAGUGACGGGCCACGUCAGCAACGGGCUCGACUACGUGCGCGGCGGCACGCCCGGCACCGCCACUGGCCCGAAGACCGCCUUCGGCCAGUCCCUGCUGAGUCAGGCGGAGGUGCCAGAGGAUGCGAGCGGCCUGGCUCCCUCUCCGGCCCGAAGCCGCGCUGCGAAGCCGGCUCGUGGCCGCACCCAGCUGCAUCUGGACUCGGGCAUCCCCGCCUUGGGGGACAGCUGGGUGGCCAGGCGCCGCUACAAGCUGGUCGCCGCGGAUCGCUGGCGCUGGCAGGACGAGCACAUCAACCUCAAGGAGGCGAGGGUCGCCAUGAUGGGGCUCCGUCGACACUGCCGGUCGGUGAAGUUCAUGGGCACAAAGCUGCUCUCGAUCAGCGACAGCCAGGUCACCGUCGGGGCCUUCGAGAAGGGCCGCUCCAGCGCGGGCCUGCAGGCCCUCUGCAGGCGCGCAGCCGCCUACCGCCUGGGCGGGCAGAUCGCCUGGCGGCUCAGGUAUAUCGAGACUGACCGAAACCCGAGCGACGAGGACUCCCGGCGCUGGGACCUGAAGAAGCCUGCUGGGCUGAACCGGGGGCCCGAGCGUCGAGACGCCGCCCCGAGCCUGUCCGCUCCGGCUGCGAGUUACACGACCUCCUCCUCUUCUCGGUCACCUCCGUCGGCAUCCUCAGCAUCUGUUGUACGCCCGUCAAUUCAGAGCGAGCCUGGUAAAUCAGUUUUUUGUAUGGAGCUCCUCGGUGGAAAGGGUGAGCUGACUCGAGCUUGCCGGGCGGAGGGGCUUCCCUUCGCGGAUUCAGUUGAUAUCAGAGACGGCUGGGAAUUUGAUCUGUCUCGUCGCAGUACACAAGAGUUUAUCCUCAGGCUGGCCCGAGAAGGGCGUUUGAUAUAUGUGCACCUGGGAACGCCUUGUCAGGUUUGGAGUAUCGCUCGGAGGGGGAUCCGAAACCACGUUCGAGCCAGGGCCCGGGAACGUUUGGGCAUCGAGUUCGCACUGUUCACGGCUACGUUGUGUCAUAUCUUAUCACGUCGUGGGUGUUAUUGGAGUGUGGAAAACCCCCGGACUUCGAGACUCUGGACCUUCGACCCGAUCGCUCGCCUUCAUGGACUCGCGGACGUCGUCGAGGUAAACUUCGAUAUGAGCAUGUAUGGCACGGCCUAUCGGAAACCUACUCGAAUCCUGACAAACCUGAAAGCAUUACAGUCCUUGGGAGAUCGACCUCGCAUUCGACAUAAACACUCGGUCUUGCUACACGGUCAUCUCACACCACUUGCCGCCGCCUACCCGCCAGCAUUGGGCUCGUGUUGGGCCAGGCUUCUUUCUUCGGCCCUGCCGGGCGACAUGCGCCCGGGCCAGCGAGCCUUCGACCCCAGCGAGGUCCGCCAUGGCCUCCAGCGGGCCGCGGGCCGUCAGCCGGCGGCUCGAGGAGCAGCGGUUCACGGUGAGGUCGAUGAACCCCGUGAGCCAGCCUGCCAGGCCGCCGACUCGUUCCUCGAGCACGACCCGAUCAUCCAGUUCGGCCAGGACGAGCGGCCCCGGCGCUGGAGGGCCCACCCGGACUGGGCGGCAGCCGCCACCGGGGAAGGGCCGACCGCGGCUGCCUACAGGCCCCCGGCGGGCAGGCCCCAUCACCGUCCCGCGGAAGGACUCGCUGAUCAUGGCGACGGUGACCGGAGGCACUCUGGAGAGGUACGCGACGGCGGUCCACGAGUUCGAGACCUACGCGAAGGAGAAGCGCCUGCCGCUGCAGCCGCUGGCACGCCUGGACGACAGCCUCUCCCUCUACUUCGUGGACCUGUUCGACGACGGCUUCGGGGUCUGGGAGGGGCGCAACGCCUUCUACGGGUGCAAGCUGCUGAAGCUCAAGACGACGGGCAAGGUCGACCUCCCAAAGGCGCUGGCCUCCCUGAAGGGUUGGACGAAGCGGGCGCCCGGGAGGAUGCGUCUGCCGCUGCCCGACAUCAUCGUGGACGACAUCGCGCUGGACCUAGUGGAGCACGGGAACCCCCUGAUGGGGGCCGCGGUGGUGAUCCAGACAGACACCUACACGCGGCCCUCCGAGGUGGUGGGGCUGAGGCAGGGCCAGAUCCUGCCGCCGGCGCCGGUCGCGAAGCUCGGCGCGCACUAUGGCAUCGUCAUCGCGCCCUCGGAGUGGCACGAGACCACGAAGACGGGCGGCCAGGACGACAGCCUGCUCGUGGGCGACGUGGCGAGGCCGUGGCUGACGAGCGUGCUGCGGCUGCUCCACAAGCCCACCGUGUCGGACAAGAAGAAGAUCUUCGACUUCACCCUCGGCGACUACGAGCGCGAGGUGAAGAAGUCGGCCUGCCGCCUGGGCUACACCUCCCUGGGCGUUUGCCCGCACGUCUUCCGGCGCUCGGGCGCCAGCAACGACAAGGCGCACUCCCGGAGGACGUUGAAAGAGGUUCAGAAGCGCGGACGAUGGGCAUCUUCCGCGUCGGUGGAUUGCGACGAGAAGGGGGCCCUGAUCUUGCAGCAGUUGCGCAAGGUUCCCUUGGCCAAGCAGAAAAAGGCGGCUGA